AUGGGUUCCCGUAAGCGGGUUAAACCCAACCCUGUCGCUGAUUCGAACACUUCCACUCCGAUCCCGACCCCGACCCCGACUCCUGCUUCGUCCACGAUGCCGUCGCAAUCAUCCUCCAAGUCGUCCAAGUCAAGCACCUCUACCGCCGAUCGGCCCACUCCAACCUCUCCAGCCACUUCAGGAACAUCCCGAACUUCGACGCUGAAUGGAAGUGGCGGGGGCUCAAAGCAGGCAUGUGGACUUGCCCACAAAGCCCGAAGCUGGUACGGAUCUUGGCCUCGAGUACCUAAAUCCGUCGCCUCGACCCAGGUAGCCCGGGAAACGAUCCUUGGAGGCACGUCGAAGCCGGCCGGAACAGCGGACUUCAGUCGAUUUGAGCAGAAGAAGCCUGUAGACACUAUGAGCAUACAUGAUGCUUCAGUGUCUACUGUUUCAAAAAUAGAGGAGGAUGCGGCUAGUACAGGACAGCAACCGUCGGACCCAACUCCUCCAGUAGCUGAAAGCGUCACGAAACCCGAGGACAAGCCGAAGCCCGAAAGAGCCGACACGGAAAUGGCCGACGCCGGUCACGAAGAUGGCAGAACAGAGCCACCUGCAGAACAACCUGCAGAACAACCUGCGGAUGCGCAAGCCGGAGAAACCGUCACGGAUUCGACACCCCCGCGACCCGCUUCAGGGUGGUUCGGAUGGCUGGGAAGACCAGGAGCCACGGUGCCUAUACCGCCAGUAGAUCCCACAACUUCAGACCCUAGCCCCCAAGCGGCGAAUGUACCGACCGCGGCUGAGGUUAAGGCUCCCGAUGUUAAGGCUCCCGAAGCAGACAAGGAAGUGCAGGCGGUGCAGGAAGGACCAGUGGUUUCCGGCACAGCUGGCCAGCCCGAGAGCAAGCCUGCAGCAAGCUACGGAAGUUCUUGGCUUUGGUCCUGGUCUGGUAGGACUGCUCCUGCACCUUCACAACCCGAAACUGUGUCACCGACUGUUGAACCGGAGGCGCCGCCCCCAGCGGCGAAGGAACCCGAAGAUGUGGUUAUGCAAGAUGCACCCAAUGUGGAGAUAGUUCCAGAAGCGCCAACGCCCUCGGCUGCGCCCGCGCCCGCGCCAACACCCAAGGCAGGGUCGACAUGGGCAUUCUGGUCCCGCGAUACGAAGUCGGCAGCCACCAAGAAGCCUGUUCAGCCGCAGAGUGAGCAGGGCCAACUCGCCGUCAUGGGGGAGAGUUCCGAAACCCACCCUCAAAAAGCGAAUCCGAUGGAAUUAAAGAACACUCCAGCAAAGGAGCCUCCGCUUAAAUCUGGCCGGAAGGAGGAGCCGUCUAAGGCCGCCGUGACACCUUCCCGAGAGUCCUCGUCCAGGAGUAACAAACGCGGGCGUCCGAAGUCAAUGGAGGUGGACGAUGCGGCGCCGGUCCGUCCGGGCACACCGAAGGUUGACAAGACCAGUAAAGCGUCUGCUCCAAAAACACCAACAAAGAUCCAGCCACCAAACCUUCUACUUCCGUCUUUUGAUGGCACCUACAAGUUCAAGGAGAACUCGUCCAUACUAAAGCAGAUUGCUCAGCUACUUCUGAGGACGCAGCAGCCGGCGGGGAAGCAUGUAUACCUGGCGAAAGAGCCCCCAAAGAUAAAAAAGGCCAUCGCCAUUGGAGUCCAUGGCCUCUUUCCCGCGAAUUACUUACGCCCCAUGAUUGGCCAGCCAACCGGGACAUCCAUCAAGUUUGCGAACCACUGCGCCGAGGCUAUUCGAAGGUGGGCUGACAGCCAUGGCUGUGAGGAUUGCGAAAUCGAGAAGGUUGCUCUCGAAGGUGAAGGCAAGAUUGGCGAGCGGGUCGAGAACCUGUGGAAGCUGCUGCUGAACUGGAUCGAUCUCAUCCGAAAAGCUGAUCUGAUUUUGAUCGGGUGCCACUCGCAGGGCGUGCCUGUCAGCAUAAUGCUACUCGCGAAGCUUAUUGAGCUGGGGGUCGUGGCAUCAGCCAAGGUGGGCGUGUGCGCGAUGGCUGGUGUCUCACUAGGCCCUUUCCCUGAUUACCGGUCCAGCAUGGGCAUUCUCAUGGGAACGGCCGCUGAACUUUGGGAGUUUGCCGACCCCCAGAGUGAAGUUUCCAAACGGCUCGAGGCGUCCACCACGGCGGUGCUGAAUUACGGCGCACGUCUAACAUACAUCGGCAGCAUCGACGACCAGCUUGUGCCAUUAGAGUCCGCCAUCUACGCGCCCGUCCACCACCCCUACAUCUACCGCGCCGUCUUCAUCGACGGACGGAUCCACGCCCCCGACUUCAUCGCCCACCUAGUCGGCUUCGCCCUCAAACUGCGCAACCUCGGCGUGUCCGACCACGGCCUGAUCCGCGAGCUCUCCACCCCGCUCGCCGGCAGCCUGUACUCGGGCGAGGGCCACUCGCGCCUAUACGACGACGAGCGCGUCUACGACCUCGCCGUGACCCACGCGCUCGAGACCACUGACGUCGAUGGUGCGUGUGAGGUCGUACAUCACCGCCGCGGUGGGGGUGGGGGUGAUGGGAGUGGAAGUGGGAGUGGGGGUAGUGGGAGUGGGAGUGGUGGGGGUGGUGGGAGUGGGAGUGCGGGUUUGUCGAACCCGAAUCCGUAUCACUUGCCGUGGAUCAUGCGCGGGUUGUUGGAGGAGGAUUUUGUUAAGACGGAGUUGUCGGCGGAGACGGCGGAGCUGGUGAGGCAGUUUGAUGACUGGAAACCGGUUACUAAGGCGCUGAAGGAUGUCAAGUAUCGGUUGGAGGCCGUGAGGUCGAAGUUAUGA